CCAUCAUCCCAUGUGAGGAUUGUGAGUCUGAGCCUUCAACACCUCUCAGAUCCACCAACUGAUUAGAAAGCUCUCUUUGACGUACUAAUCACACUCCCAGAUGGACCCAAACACAACCAUUAUAUCCCAAACUCGAUCUGCAACUCAUACUAGCUCUUAGUAUUAUGUAGCAUAAUAACUCCCACCAGAGAAAUAUGGGGAGGAAGAAGAUAGACCAGAAAUCCCACACCCUCCCACCGUCGCCAACCUACUCUUUCUCUUCCUCUUCCUCGUCCGACUUCGAGUUCACCAUCUCCUGCUCGCCUCGCAAAUCCUCCACCCCGCUCUGCCGCCCCGCUGACGAGCUCUUCUACAAGGGCCAGCUCCUCCCUCUCCACCUCUCCCCUCGCCUUUCCAUGGUCCGCACUCUUCUCCUUCUACCCUCAUCAUCUUCCUCUUCCUCCUAUGCUGCCUCCGACACCACCGCCUCACGUGACUCCACCGUCAGCAGCUCCAACGACUCACGCGACUCGUGCGACUCCUCCGCCAGGCCCAGCUCCGUCGCCGAGGAGGACGAGUUCAAGCGCCUCAACAGCAGGUACUCGUCCAACGACGUCAUUGUCAAGCAAGUUCUUCAUAACUUGAGCUCUCAGUCGCAGAUCAGCAAGAAGAACAACAAGUAUUUCUCUUUGUCGAGAUUCUCUUCUGUGUUCAAGAAAGAUCCGACUAAACAACAGAGAGUAGUCGUCGACGCGGAUCAAAACGACGUCUUCCCCGGAUCUAAUUCCGUCAAGCGAGUGAGCAACACCGCCAAGGAGGUUAUCCGAAAGUACAUGAAGAUGGUCAAGCCAUUGUACGAGAAGCUCUCCCAAAAACAACAGAAAAUGACGACGGCGACGUCGGUCGAGAUUAGAUCCGAGAAACUCCCGAGUAGUACGGAUCACGAAAUCUCGGGCAAGGCAAGCGCCAGAAAUAGAGAGAGCACUAAUGGCGGGUUUUCUCAUUCCUUCUCGGGUAACUUGAAGUACCCGAGAAAGAGAGGCUGCGUUGCGAGCUGCCCAUCUUCAAUGCGCUGUUCGCCCAGCCACUCCGGUGUUCUUACCAGGACUGGACAACCAGCUACGGGAGCUAGUAAAGCAGGUGCAACGACAUCGUACGCGACGGUGGACAGAUCAUCAAUGGAGGAGCUUCAGAGUGCAAUUCAAGGCGCAAUUGCUCAUUGCAAAAACUCUUUGGUCCAAAACAAGACCAUGUUCAGCAAUGAGAUUUGAUUAAUCUUCAUGAUCGCCGUUCUUAAUUUUAAGCGUAAAUUAAUAUUAAUAUUGUCAUCAUUUCUCUGUUUGGAUUUGGUUUGAAGCUGAGAAUCAAAUUCUGCGAGCAACGGUAGCCUUGGGACUUGAUAUUAAUCUGUCUUUUAGCAUUUGGUUCUGCCCUGACGAGAACUUGUUAAAUGUAACGUAAAUUAUUGUUAGCAUGGAAGUUGUGUUCUUGAAUCGAUUUUGGUU